CUCGAAGGGAGCUUACUGUCAUACCCAUCAUAAUUUUCACUUGUUUUCGCUUUUAUAAAGGCUGAGAAUGGCUACUGUUGAGUUGCAACAACAGUACAAUAAUCUUAUCAACUUUCUUUACGAGGAGGGUUUUCUGGAUGAACAAUAUACUCAGCUGGAGCAGCUACAGGAUGAAAGCAAUCCUCGUUUUGUGGAAGAAGUGCUUUCCUUGUUUUUUGACGACUCUCUCAAAUUGCUCCAUAACAUCGAGACCACACUGAAUAAAGAACCGGUGGAUUACAGAAAAUUGGAUGCCCAUUUGCAUCAUUUCAAGGGUAGCAGCUCAAGUGUAGGGGCACAGAGAGUUAAGAACGUAUGCAUCACAUUUCGUGCCUUCUGUCAAGAGAAAAAGAAAAAUGGGUGCUUGCAGUGUCUGCAACAAGUAAAGCAGGAGUAUUAUCUUCUCAAGAACAAGCUCGAAGAUCUGUUUGAGAUUGAGCGAAAAAUUCUGAAAGCAGGUGGGACGAUUGCAGUGACAAAUUGAGGAUAAUCAGCAGGGCAUCAUAAAUAGUUUAUGAUUCCUUCACAUUAGAAAAAAAUGGUGUUAUGUUUCUUUGUGACAUCUGAAACUUUGAUCAAAAUCAAUGAAUGUUCACCGUUUAAAGGAAGUCUAUUGUUUCCUAUUUUACUAGUUGUGAUGAUUUAUAGAAAGUGUCUCUUUUCUAUAUACGGACUGCUUUUUCCACAGGAAGUGUCUAUUUUCUA